GCAUUUACACGCUUGAGAAGGCUCUCAUGAACCUUACAUUUUUGAAGAAUCUCAGAAACUGCAUUUUCUAAAGAGUCUUUUUGGCCAUCAUGGGUUUCUUUUGGAGGAUGGAGAUAGGCUGCAAACUUUUAAAAUGGCCUCAUGGAUUUACAGUUCUAUUCGUCAUCCUGUUGGAGAGUUUAACGGUCAGGGCAGCCAACCUGGAGCCGAUCUACUGGAACUCCCUUAAUAGCAGGUUUGGGGAUGAGCGGGGCUAUGUGAUCUACCCUCAGAUGGGGGACCGUUUGGACCUGGUGUGUCCUGCAUCCUCAUCUUUGCCACAGUAUGAGUUCUAUAAGCUGUACCUGGUGUCGGAGCGCGAGCAGGCCGACAAAUGUGAGGUAAACGACGCCUCCAACUUGCUGCUCACAUGCGACAAACCCAAUGCUGACACCCGCUUCACCAUCAAGUUCCAGGAGUUCUCGCCAAACCUGUGGGGUCACGAAUUUAAGAACCUGCAUGACUACUACAUCCUAGCUACAUCAGACGGGUCAAGGCAGGGCAUUGAUGGCAGAAGAGGAGGGGUGUGUGCAACACGAGGGAUGAAGGUGGUGCUCAAAGUAGGACAGAGUCCGUACGGACCCCUUCCAAAACCGAAGUUCGACCCUGAUAGACCCAGCAACAGAAUUCCAAGUACUAAAGAACAUGGCCUGGACUCCUCUAACACCGCAAACGAAGACGAAUCUGGUGAGAUAGACAGAAAUAACGGCACUGUUUCCUCAUCUGUUACGGCGGUAAUUUUGGGUGGAGUGGGCGGAGCUUUGUUUCUGCUCCUGAUUGUUGUGGUGAUCGUCGUAGUGUGUUACCGCCGAAGGAGGGCCAAACAUUCGGAGACCCAGCGCCCGAGCCUUUCUCUCUCCUCCCUUGCGCCCAGAAGGGGCGGGGCCAACGGAGGGAACAAUGCGGGAGUCAUCGUCAGGAACAACAUCGGUGGUGGCACAGAGCCUAGUGACAUCAUCAUCCCACUACGGACGUCUGAGUCCGCCUACUGCCCCCAUUACGAUAAAGUUAGCGGAGAUUACGGACAUCCGGUCUACAUCGUGCAAGAAAUGGCAGCACAGAGCCCGGCUAACAUCUACUAUAAAGUAUGAGGAUGGACCUCUCUCACACACACACACACUGGGACCUCGUCUUUCCUAACAAACUGAGAUGAACAUCUCAAACCAAAUGUAUUUGAUCAGCCAGGACUUUUUAUUGUUUGAAGUUUCUUAUGGUUUGCACUGAAACUAAGAGAUGUUGCUAAUAAUGGAAACUUAUGGCUAUCAAGCAAACCCUGCUGAAGUUUCCUCACGCUCAUUUCACAGCAGUGUUUCAGUAACCGUUUUAAUAUUGUUUGUAGAUAUGAUUAUAUUAGAGAUAUUUAUGUAUUUGAGCAUGUAAUAUUGGUGCUGCACAGCUCCAGUGUAAUGGGUUCAAUCGUGAGUUCAACUAACUGUUCGUUUGGAAAAUUGGCUUGUUCUCUUAAUGCUUUUAAAGCUGGACUGGCUACACUGAAUUGCCCUUAGGUUGAAGCAAGUGAGUGAGUGAGUGAGUGAGAGGCACCAUGUGAUAAAUUGGUGGCCUGUGUGUCCAGUGUUUCUGAGUGGUGUCAGACCCACAGUGGUACUGGUCCAUGCUGAAGUGGUUAGUAAUAAUAAAUGAAGGAAUGGAUGAGAUUAGUAUUAUUGGGAUACUGUAUUAGUGCAUUGAGGUGGUACUGUUUGAGCUGCACUGUCCAAGUUUGGUAUGUUCUCUCAAUUUCCAUUUCCCAGGGGUACUGCUGUUUUUUCCCACCUCCAAAAUUAUGACAGUAAGUGGAUCGGCUACUGUAAGGUUGACCAAGUGACUCAUUGCCAACCGAGAUGUUGGCACAGUGUGAACAUUAUUUUCUGCCAGUUGACUCUUCAGUUUAUUGUGGCACUGAGAAAUGAAGAACCAACCAUGAAAAGGUAAAAAUAGUUCUUUUAAGAACCAUUUUUGGUAUUUUUAUUUACUUGUGUAAUUUUGUUGAUUGGAUUGGUUCUUUAAAGCCUGUGUGUGUUUGUUAGAGCCAGUGAGUUAAAAAUCUGAGAGCUUUGUACUAACCUGCAGUAGAGAUUGGCACUGAUGCCAUCUAUCGCUUCCUGUUUCUUACCACAUGUAGUAAAUGUUUGAACAACAGCACUGUGUGUGUUUGUGUGUGUGUGUGUGUGUAUUUGAUG